AUGACGUGGUUAGAAAGAAGAGGCAGGCCUAAGGCUAUUCAGCCAGGUAAUCGCGAGUGGGUGACGGCGAUUGCUGCAAUCAACGCUGCUGGCUGGUCAGUCCCACCGUUCCUCAUCUUCGCUGGCCAGUAUCAUCUAUCUGCCUGGUACAAGGAAGCAGAGAUCCCACGCAACUGGGUAAUCGCAGUUAGCGACAAUGGCUGGACAAACAACAAGCUAGGAGUAGAGUGGCUGAAGCACUUCAACGCUCACACAAAGACUCGCGUUGUUGGUGCGCGUCGCCUGCUCGUCCUUGACGGCCAUGAGAGCCACCACUCUCUUGAGUUUCAAGAGCUCUGCAAGGAGAACAAUACCUAUACGCUCUGCAUGCCGCCUCACUCAUCCCAUCUACUGCAGCCGCUUGACGUUGGCUGCUUCUCGCCGUUGAAGCGCGCGUAUAGCCGUGAGGUUGAGAGCCUCAUCCGCCACCACAUCAACCAUAUCACCAAGCUUGAGUUCCUGCCAGCCUUUAAGGCAGCGUUCAGUCAAUCGUUCACCUCAGCCAAUAUCUGCUCAGCCUUUUGA